AGAAAAAGUUUGUCAAGGCGACAGGAGGUAUAAAGCUCUGUGACACGACCCCUCUCUCUCUCUCUCUCUCUCUCUCUCUCUCUCAUUUAAUAUCGUCCAAGCUCAUUUUCAAAGAGGGGACAGGGAAGAUACGUUUGACAUGGAAGUUACUGUGAGUUAAUAGGCCUGCGUUUUUUUUAAAUGCUUAAUCAUUGGCUAAAGGGAAGUAAGUUAAGGACGUCCAGGAAGAAAAGGAGCCGACAAUCAUGAGGGAUCCAGGGACUGGCUCAGGUGGAAAUGGGCUGAAAAGCCACCAUGGUGAGAGACCGUGUCAUCAGAAGAAACGUGUGUGCCACUCCUGGUUCCAGUUAGUGCUCCUGGUUUGUUUGCUGCUCUUAGUCUUGUGUUACACUCUGUCCGAAAGCUCUGUCUCGUGGUUGGACAGUUUCCCCUUGCAAGAGCACUACAAGACGUUGUUCAAUCCGACCGGGCUGAUUUACAACCGUCCUGAAAUUCUUGACACCACUACCACACCUUAUGAAUCGACUACCCUGCCCACUACUGCACCAACUACUGAAGCACCUCCUUGGCCUCUGUAUCACCAAGCCUACCCACGCAACUACCACUUCCUCAUGGAUAACACAGAGGUAUGCAGCAGCCCAACCCCUUUCCUGAUUUUGAUGGUUCCAGUAGCACCAAAUAAUGUUGCAGCUCGUGACGCUAUUCGGCAGACGUGGGGCAAAGUGAGCAAGGUUCAGGGCGAGGUGGUGCGUACUCUGUUCAUGCUGGGAUCUUCUGGAGGAGCUAACGUCGAGCAGCAGCAGCAAAAGCUCAAAGAGGAGAAUGUGAAGCAUCGAGACCUAAUCCAGAGUGACUUCAAGGACACUUACAGCAAUCUAACCAUCAAGACCAUGGUUAUCAUGGAAUGGCUGGUGACGCACUGCCCUUCAGCAGCCUAUGCCAUGAAGAUUGAUUCAGAUAUGUUUCUGAAUAUUGACAAUCUAGUGAUCAUGCUGCAGAAGCCAGGCAUCCCAAAGCAUAACUACCUUACAGGGAUGCUCAUGUGGAACCGGCCAGUUGUGCGCUCAAAGAACUCAAAGUGGUAUGUCUCUGAGGAGAUGUAUCCAGAACCAAGGUACCCAACCUACACCCUGGGCAUGGGAUACGUCUUCUCCAAUGAUCUUCCGGAGAAAUUUGUGGAGAUAUCAAAAUCAAUAAAACCCUUUAACAUUGAGGACGCUUAUAUUGGAAUGUGCAUGAAAAAGCUUGGACUUGGACCCACAUCACCGCCAGAUCCCUCCCAGUUUAAGGCCUAUAACACAAAAUACAACCGCUGUUCAUUCUCUAAGGUCAUCACCUACAUUCUCGCGUCCUCAGAACAGCUGGUGAAUUACUGGACUGAUUUAAAGAAACUAGGACCUCCUUGUUAAAAAAAAAAAAAAAAUCACUAAUGAUGCCCUCAGAACUCACUUUGGUUGAAGUGGUUACGUUGUAGGGAAGUGGGAUAUUAAUUUAUUUAUUGAUUUCUACUGUUCUGGUGUUAAGUUUUCCGUUCUCAUUUGAGACUUGUAAUCACCACUUUUGAGUAGUUUUGACUACUAAUGUUACUGUCGGCAGAUAUUUUGAUGAGCAGGCCUCUUAAAUGUAAAUGUACAAAUAUGAUUCUUUUGUGUCUGAACAUUUUGAUUUAUUGCAGGGUAUCUUAAUGCUAUAUGAAGGAAGCAAUGAAUUAUAUUCAUAUUAAAAUAUGAACAUUUGUUUUUAAUGGCA